AUGCAAAUAGCAGUUAUUGGUGCAGGACUGAUGGGACAUGGCAUCGCGCAAGAGUUCGCAAGCGCAGGCUAUCACGUACUUAUGCAUGAUGUCACCGACGAACAACUUCAAACCGCACGCACUCAGAUUGAGAAAAAUCUCAGCGUGCUUGCAGAAAAUGCUAUUAUUGAAAGGGAGAGCAUCUAUUCAACGUUGCAUCGAAUUCAGACUGACACAAAACUCGAAGUUGUCGCAGAAAGCGCAGACUUUGUAGUGGAAGCCGUCAUCGAGAAUUUAGCACUAAAACAACGGGUGUUUGAGAAAUUAGACGCAAUUUGUCCACCGCACACGAUUUUGGCGAGCAAUACGACGGCAUUAAUGCCAAGUCAAAUCGGAGUGAACGUGAAACGCAAGGAUAAGAUACUCAAUACCCACUAUUUCAAUCCACCGUAUCUGAUUCCACUCGUCGAACUGAUUCGCAGCCCUGAUACCUCUGAUGAAACGGUUGAAGUGACGUUCGAACUCUUAACAGCUAUCGGUAAAACCCCCGCAAUUAUUGAAAAAGAGGCACUCGGUUUCGUUGGACCACGGCUGCAAGCCGCCUUGAUUCGGGAAGCAUUUGCCAUUGUGGAGCAAGGCAUCGCCAGCGCGGAGACCGUUGAUCUCGUUGUACGCAACAGUUUUGGGCGAAGACUCAGCGUCGCCGGUCCCUUUGAGGUCUUUGAACUCGCAGGAUGGGACCUCGUACUUGCCGCUUUUGAAGAACUCUAUAAGGAUCUCAACAGCUCACCUGAGAUCAAUCCGCUCCUCCGACAGAUGGUUGAAUCCGGUAAACUCGGUGUGAAAUCUAAGGAAGGCUUCUACAGUUGGACAGAUGAGAAUAUACAGCAGCUUCGGGAACGAAUGAACCAUGCUUUGAUACAGCAAGCAAAAGAUAUGUAA